CAAGGUUUUCCUGACAGGUUGUACGUAUAGAUACUUUUUUCUAGCCUGCAUUUGCUUUUCGGACGAUAUUUUUACGACGUAGGUAGACACCUUCAGGUCAAAACAACUGCCUAAUUUCACCGAAGAGGAAAAAAUGUCGUGAAUGACAAGUAAAAGCAAUAGAAGUAUUCAGAGCAACUACUUCGCACCAACAUUGGCACUUUUUACUAAAAAAUGAAACUACAUGAUUAUGUACACAAAAAACAGAAGCAGUAAAAUGCGUCCUUCUCUGCUCUAUUUCUGUCCCUUCGUGCCAUGUCUUGUCGUGGCAAAGCUUACGGAGGUGGACGAGCAUGGCAAUAACAACGUGAUGGUUGACAAAGAUUACAUCAAGAAUGUUGAAAGCACGCGACGAAGAAAAGGGCAGAGCUAUAAUGAUACGCGACGAAAAAUGUUCGAGGAGUCCUUGUUGAUCGAACCGGCCCAAAGGUCGUCGUCGGAAGGGUCGUUCGCUCAAGCCGAUCAUGUGGACACUCAACAAGAACGUGUAGCUGGUGGCGGAUCUGAUGUGGUCGUGAGCUCGACGUUUGCCGAGAAGAAGGGGAACGAGGUGAAAGUUAAUGCGGUAAGCAAUUUCACUUUUUUCUUUAUUUGAUACAAAGAUGAGCAACAACAACAAGAAAUCACUCUUCUGUGUGAUAUUAAAUUACGUUGAUUACAAAGAAUCUUUAUCAAUCCCUGGCCUUGCGGCAAGCACGCAGCACCUACUAGAGUGCCCUGCGCUCCAGGCUCUAGUAGAGGCCCACGGAGUCCCGGCGAAUGUUGGGGUGGCUGCGUCGAACCCGAAGCGGCUAAUCCCAUACCUUCGCGACUUAGCGACCAGCUUCGGCGGUGCGUUCUUGCGAGCGCAGCCGCCACACCUCCAGUGAAGACAAGGGGAAACGAGUAGCGGCCGCUGUGGUAAGCCCAUCGCUGCCCGCUACGAUAGGACGGGGGCCGAGAUAGGUGGUGGCGAACAAAGAACGAGCAGGGAGGAGACAAGAAAGGAAGCACGCGAAGACAAAAAAGAACGAAGACAAAACGAGAACGCGAAGAACAGUGCACGCAGGCCGCAAAAACGUCAACCAAACCCGGACGCGCCUCACCGCCAGGCGCUACCUACGCGCAGUCGCCGCCGCCUGCUGCACGCCGCGCCUGGUAUGCCACAAAAGCCGCAGCUGGCGGGGACUGUGGCGACCAGACAUACCAUAGUCGAUCGCAAUGACGACCAUAGCACUACACACACAGAGCACAAAGAAAUCCGGCGGGAUCGUACGCGUCGCCCGGAGCGCAUCAAAACAAACAAACAAAGAUGAUUGAAUUGUAAUGUCAUGAUGUUACAUUAGAUCAACACAAAUUUUUUUUGCGGACGCAUUAAGUAGUUUCUUUAUCAUUUUUGCAGUUACUUCAGAUUAUUACUAUUAUUAUUAUUAUUAUUAUUAUCAGACGUUUCAUUAGAUCAACACGAAUUAUUUUUGAGGACGCAUCGAAGUCGAACAUUUUAGCAGCUACUUCACCUUCAUAUCAUUCAGGUUGGCGCUCAUUCUUCUGCUGA